AUGGAACCUCCGAGUCAUAUCAGCAAUACAAGCUCUGCCACGAGCAAAAUAGUUGGUUCAGGGCUGGAUAAUACUACUGAUGGUGGGGAAUCUGAAGCGCCAUGUGGAUCUCCUAUAGUUGAUGACUCGAAUAAUGGCAGUGCCGAGAAAUCUCAGAAUGUCCAAGUGGUUGAUGAUGAUACGAUUGAUGAGCCAAAUUCGGGAAUGGAGUUUAAUUCCCUUGAAGAGCUAUUAAGUUAUUAUAAGGAAUAUGGUAAAAAAUUUGAGUUUGGGGUGAUGAUAAAACGGACUGAGAGGGAAGAAGAUGACUAUGUUAGAUACGUCACUCUUUUUUGUGCCCGUGGUGGGAAGGCCCGGAAUAGGACGCUGAAUGUCGCCAACCCACGUCUGACAGGAAAGACAGAAUGUAAGGCAAAGAUUAAUGCCUUAAGGCAAGAUGGAGUGCUUCGGUUGACGACAGUACAUAAUAUCCAUAACCAUGGCCUAAGUCUAAAGAAAUCUCGCUUCUUUCGAUGUAAUAGAGAAGUUAGUGAUGCCGUAAAAAGGGUCCUAGAUACAAAUGACUUGGCUGACAUCCGAGCGAAUAAGAGUUACGGAUCUCUCGUUGUUGGUGCGGGUGGAUUUGAGAAUCUCACAUUCUUGGAAAAGGAUUGUCGUAAUUAUAUUGAUAAGUCAAUUCUGUUGGGAGCAGGCUUGAUUUCUAGUGAGGAUACCGAGACAUUUGUGUGGUUAUUCGAGACAUGGUUGCAAUGCAUGGAUGGUAAUGCUCUGAAAGCUAUUAUCACUGAUCAAGAUAAAGUGAUGAAAAAUGCAAUCGCAAUUGUCUUCCCAAAUACCCGACAUAGAUUUUGUCUUUGGCAUAUACUGAAGAAAAUUCCUGAGAAGCUUGGCUCAUAUGGUUCGUACAAAACUGGGAUGAAGAGUGCAUUGAUGAAAUGUGUAUAUGACACCCAAUGUGUUUAUGAGUUUGAGAAAUGUUGGGAUCAGUUGCUUACCACUUACAACUUGGGAGAUAAUGCAUGGUUGCAGAGCCUAUACGUUGAGCGUGAGCAUUGGGUACCGGCAUUUUUGAAAAACUGUUUUUGGGUUGGAAUGAGUACAACGCAGCGAAGUGAGAGCAUGAAUGCAUUCUUUGACGGUUAUGUACAUUCUAGGACAAACUUAAAGGAGUUUGUAGACCAAUUUGAUAAUGCAUUGAAGAAAAAGAUUGAGAAUGAAAAUCUCGCGGACUUCCAAUCAUUUAAUGUGACAAUCCCCUGUAUAUCUAGAUCUCCAAUUGAGAAGAGGUUCCAAGAGUUGUACACGAUAGCUAAGUUCAAAGAAGUUCAACAUCAAGUCAAUGGUAUCAUUGACUUGAAUCGAAAGUUACAUAAUUCUGUUGGUGCAAUAAAGACAUAUAUGGUUGAGGAUGAAGUUUGUUUGGAAGAGUUCACUAAGUUGGUUAAACAUUUUGUAGACUUUAGUGAGGAAGACGCAGUUGCAAAGUGCUCAUGUGGAUUAUUUGAGAUGAGGGGGAUAUUGUGUCGUCACAUUUUGACCGUAUUCAGGUGCAAUGAUAUUAAAUUUUUGCCUGAAAUGUAUAUUUUAGAUCGAUGGAGGAAGGAUAUUAGAAUGCGAUACACAUUAAUCCAUAGUAGCUACGAUGCAGGGGAACAACACGCAGAUUCGAAUAUAUAUACCAGUCUUUUAAAUAUCUGUUAUCAGAUGAUUACUUAUGCAUCGGGUUCGAGAGAGAAUACUGAGGAUGCAAGAAAUAAGUUAUAUGCAAUGAUUGAGUUGUAUCGUGCUAAUCAAGAAGGCCCAUCGAUGACUCAAAUUGGUUCCAAUAUUGAUUGUACGGCGAAUGACACUAUAGUCGGUGCUUCUGGGGAAGUACGUAGUCCACGUGUUGUACGAGGUAAAGGCAGACCUCCCUCUUUAAGGAGAGCAUCCAGGAUGGAGAUAGACAUGCGGAAAGCUAAAGCAAAGACGAAGAAAGCACCAACAAAGGGGAAGCGUAAAGAGUGGGAUAGAGGAGAUACCCAGGUCGUGGAUAAAGGAGAUACACCUAUGACGGAAGUAUGCAGGAAUUUAUUUGGCCCUUCUGAUAUGGAUGUCUCUAAUGUUGGACACAUGCAGCAGGCUAUUCCCGAAAGAGAAAGCGUGGCUAUCGACAUUACUGGAGCCCAGUCUUGA